AUGAGACCUCCCGGCGGAAGCAGCAACGUUCGUCGGCAACCGAAAGAGUCGGCCUACUUACCACCAACUCCACUAAACAGCCACUGUGACUCUGACUUGAGUUUAGCCAGUAGCCGUCCAUCCUCCGUCGGAAUCCAUUCUCUCGACGUUUACAAAGACCGUUCGUACCAACAGAACGCAACCGCAACCAUCAAUUCAUUCCUGGCCUCUCAGGAUAUGAAUGUCUCUUUCAAACCUUUUUCCUCUCCUUCCGCUAAACACAUUCACCAAACCCUAAUCUUCCUCGUCGGGCUCCUCGAUUUCAAUAUAAACAAAAUAGAAGAUCUUCCGCCACUUCUCAAAUUCAUGAAUUACCCUCACAAACUCAAUAAAUCUGUUCUCAAAUCCCCCGCUGCACCUUAUCAAUGGCCUUCCAUUCUCGCCCUCAUUCAUUGGCUUGUUCAGUCUUGUCAAAUUCAUCUCUCUUUUUCUUCUCCCUCCCACACCACCACCCUCCAAACCAACAACAUCGUCUUCCAGUAUUCUCUCAACGCUUAUAUAAAUUUCAUUAGAGGUAACGAUAAAGCCAUCUCCGAACUCGACCACGAAAUCCGCACCAGGAUUCUCCGUGAGAAGUCUAACGCUGACAACACCCUUGCUGCCGCUGAACAAAAGGUCUCUGAAUUGGAGGCUCAAUUGGAGGGAUUGAGGUCUUCUCCUUCUCAGAAGGAUUUACUCGACAAAGAGAAGGAAAUGCUUCAAGGAGAUGUCAUUAAGUUUCACAAGAUUAUUGACGAGUUUGGGUUGCGGAUUGAGUCGAAAGAGAGGGAUUUGGUGGAGAAGGAGAAACAGUUGCAGGCUAAGGUCGUGGAGAGCGACAACAUAUGUCAAGAGAAUAAAAUGCUAAAGAAGAAGGUGGAGUCACAGCCUUUCAAUACCAGGGACGUUGAGAGGAUGAAAAGAGAGUUGCAGGCUGCUGAGAGGGAUGCUGGAGAGGCUGAACUUGCUAGGAAUGAUUGGGAGGAAAAGUGUUGGGAGCUUGACCGUACUCUCGCAAAUAACAUCAGAGACUUAGAACCUAUCACCAGGGAUUGUAACCAAGCCCUUAAGAGGUUCUUUUCUUUUCCUCUUGAUAUUGAUAAGAAGGAUAUUUCUCUUAGCAAAUUCAAGGGGAAGGUUCUCUUGAUUGUCAAUGUUGCUUCACGAUGUGGCUUGACAUCAUCAAAUUACACAGAACUCUCGCACUUGUAUGAAAAUUUUAAAGAUAGAGGUUUGGAGGUUCUAGCUUUCCCUUGCAAUCAAUUUGGCAUGCAGGAGCCUGGAUCAAAUGAAGAAAUUAAGCAAUUUGCUUGCACUAAGUUCAAAGCAGAAUUUCCAAUUUUUGAUAAGGUUGAUGUAAAUGGACCAUUUACUGCUCCAGUAUACCAGUUUCUGAAAUCAAGUUCCGGGGGCUUUUUUGGUGAUCUUGUCAAGUGGAAUUUCGAGAAAUUCUUGGUUGAUAAAAAUGGUAAAGUUGUUGAAAGAUACCCACCAACAACAUCUCCUUUUCAAAUUGAGGGAUUGGAAUCACCCGCUGAUGGUAGACGUUCAUCUGAGUCUAGCUACCGUAUUGGAGAUAAUGGAACUUCAGAGGGGACAAAUUAG